CAUUUACGUCAGACUCCGGGCAGUCUGAGCCUGGCGCUCUCUCGCGCUCCCUCUCCAGACGCACACAAGGCUGUGGGGCCGCCGCCGCCGCCGCCGCUUGCUCCCGCCUCCCCGGCUUCUGCCCGCCAAAGGCAAAGCAAAGCGGGACGGACGCGGGUCCAGCUGGUCAGCCAGCCAAGCGCGCGACGGGGCAGAGAAGGGCGAGCAGCGGCGGGCAGAACGAAGCAGCACCCAUGAGAAGCACCUUUCAGCCCUGAGCUCGAGUGGCAUCCCCGGCUCUGGCAGACAUGAAUGAAAACGUCACCUUGAAUGAAACCAGGGCUCCUCUGCCCUGGAUUCAAACCAACAAUGGCAACUCUUCUCUGGAGCUUUCCUCAAAGCUCCCCAUCUUUGUCAUUAACCCUUGGGAUAUUAUGCUCUGCAUUUCUGGGACCAUCAUUGCCUGCGAAAAUGCCAUAGUGGUGGCCAUUAUAUUCUACACGCCCAACCUGAGAACCCCAAUGUUUGUGCUGAUUGGGAGCUUGGCCACAGCAGACCUACUGGCUGGAGUUGGCCUGAUCCUUAAUUUCAUUUUUCAGUACGUGAUCCAGUCAGAAACAGUCAGCCUUAUUACAGUUGGCUUCCUAGUUGCCUCUUUCACUGCAUCUGUGAGUAGCUUAUUAGCCAUUACAGUUGAUCGGUACCUUUCCUUAUACAAUGCACUUACAUACUACUCAGAGAAGACUGUUUUCUGUAUACACAUGAUGCUGAUCAUUACAUGGGGGGUUUCCCUCUGCUUAGGACUGCUGCCUGUCCUAGGAUGGAAUUGUCUGGAAGAUUACUCAUCGUGCAGUAUUGUCAAACCUUUGACCAAAAGCAAUGUGACUUUGCUGUCUGCCUCCUUCUUUUUCAUCUUUAUCCUCAUGCUCCACCUGUACAUCAAAAUCUGCAAAAUCAUUUGCAGGCAUGCACACCAGAUAGCACUUCAGCAGCAUUUUCUGACUGCAUCUCACUAUGUUGCAACCAAAAAGGGAGUCUCUACACUUGCUAUAAUCCUUGGGACUUUUGGAGCCAGUUGGUUACCUUUUGCCAUCUACUGUGUAGUCGGAGAUUCCCACUACCCUGCUGUGUACACUUAUGCCACACUUCUACCUGCUACCUACAAUUCCAUGAUCAAUCCUAUAAUUUAUGCCUACAGAAACCAAGAAAUUCAGCGGUCCAUGUGGGUUCUCUUUUGUGGUUGCUUUCAAGCUAAAGUGCCCUUUCGUUCAAGAUCCCCUAGUGAUGUCUAAGUGACUUAUUUCUCUGUGUAAUUUUGCACAAAGUGACAAUCUUCAACUUUCAUUGAAUUACAGUGCCUGGUAUGAACCAGAUCCGUUUUGUGAAGUUGUUUUUUUGGGGGAGGGGGGAAAUGUUUAAACAGUAGCACUUUAUGUAUGUGUAUUCUUGAGAAUGUGAAAGGUCUGGAGCUUUUGGUUGUGUGAAACCUAAUAAUAACAAAAACAAAACCCAAUGUGGUUGUAUGCAAGGUCGUGCAUUGCAUUUGUAAAGUGGAGGCAUUCCAAGACUACGUAAUUAUUGCACUUUAUUUUUAGCUGCUGAGCUGCCAAAACAGUGUUGCCAUUUUUUAAAGGGCAGAAAGGGGAGUGAAAGGAAGUGAAAUGUUGUCUGGUUAUUUUGAGAUGUGAGUAAUAAUAUAUUUUGCUGCACAGUAUUGAUAAAUUAUGACAUUUUGUACAAAAAUAAAACAAUUCCAUUA